AUGAUGUUCUCCGUCUCCACCCUCCUCAUGGCCUCGGCCGCCUGUGCCGUUGCCCAGCAGCAGCAGGCUCCUCCUCCGCCGCCGGCCGGUGUCGAUGGUCCCCAGGACGGCCCGUUCGGCGGGCCCCACCACGGCCGCGGCCCCCACCACGGACCUCCGACCUGGCUCAUGGAAAAGGUGCUCGUCUGCCCGGCCGCCGGCGGCCUCGCCACCGUCGACCUCCCCUGCCCACCCGCCAAGCCCAAGCACAACGAAAACGACAAGCCCAAGCACCCUCACGUACGCCCCGCCGGCGCCCCUGAGUGGGACGGCACCAUCACCAUCUUCCCUUCGGGCGCACCCGAGGUCACCGUGACCGCCUCCAUCGACUGCAAGGGUUGCGCCUCCGUCACCGUCAGCAAGCCUACGAGCUGCACCAACAUGCCGCCUCGUCGUCCUCACCACGAGCGCCCGGGCUUCGGCAACCCUGGCCUGCCCGUGGUCACGGCUCCCGCCGGCGCGACCAAGACGGUUUACUUCAAGGGCCCGCCCGUCUGCAAGCCUACCCCCGCCUAA